AUGGCUGAACAGUACUGCCCACGGUUGCUUGAUUCCUUGGUUCAUCUUGUUCAUCACAGAAGAUCUUCCCUCCUUGCUUUUUCUGUUUUAAACUUUGUAUUUUCUGUCGUGGCGACUCUUGAAAACCUUUUAGUAAUUCGCGCCUUAAUGAAGGCCUCAACGACACCAGCUACUGUGAAAAAGCUGUUCCUAAGUCUGGCUUUCUCUGAUCUUGCAGUUGGACUGUGUUCGCAGCUUAUCAUCGCUAUUAUCAUCGCCUCGAUAUUGAAGAUGGCAUCAAGUGGAAACAACACAGCCUUCUUUUGUCCAACAGUUUUGGGUGUGCAAAUUUACUUUGCCCAUCUUCUUGCCACUGCAUCUUUUCUGAAUGUUAUUGUCUUCGCAUUUGAUAGACUUCUCGCUGUUUCGCAUCAUCUGCGAUAUCAGGAGCUUAUUACACCCAAGCGUGUUAAUAUAGCAUUGGUGUCUUUGUGGUUCAUAAGUUGUAUCGCCGCCUUCAUAUUCGUUUUCCUUUCGACAAGCAAUGAAAUAGUAACCGCAGUUAUUUUUAUGACAGGGUAUGUUUUGACCACCGUAGCAUAUGUUCGUAUUUACAAAGUCGUCAAAUAUCAUCAGAAUCAGAUAUACAGCCAAAAUCAGCUUCAAAAUGCCCAAACAAGGGAGGUACUCCGACAAAAGAAGUCCGCCUAUAAUGCUAUAUUUGUCUAUCUUGUUUUUCUAGCUUGUUAUCUUCCUUUUGUGCCUUCAACAAUACUGUAUAUGACAAAUGGAAUUUCGUUUUUCGUAGCUCAUUUCGCAUCGAUAUUCUUGAUCUUCCUCAAUUCAUCAUUAAAUCCUCUUGUUUAUUGCUGGCGGUACCGACAAAUUCGCCAAAGUGUAAAAAGCACAGUGAAGAAAUUAUUUCACAUGAACGAGAACGUGACAUGA